GGAGGGGAUUAAAAAGCCGGCCCUCCUUUUAGGCAUAAAACGUUGACCUGAUGAAAAAUGGAUAUACAAAGACGUCAAAAACAUAAAGUAUAUUACAAUGGAAACGUUCACACAUGAUGAUACAACUAACUACUUGCGUAAAAGACUCACGUUAGGUUUUUAGCAGAGAGACAGAUAGAGAGAAAGAAAGAAAGAGAGUCAACGAAGAAAAUGUCUUUGAUUAGUACGGAAUCAUCGCCGAGUCUCUCCCUCAUAGAGAAUGGCGGCGGAAGCGAGAGGCGGACGGCGGAGUUGUCGAGGAGUAACCGGAGAACGGUACAGAAUCUAUCGGCGACGUCGUUGAUGAGGAAGAGAUCGGAUCUGAAGCUGAUAUCGAGAGUUCGUUGGGAAUUUAUGAAGAGAAUGUUAACGAACCUUCAGGAAGUUCUUCUUGGCACAAAACUCUUCCUUCUCUUUCCCGCCGUUCCCCUUGCCGUCGUCGCUCACCGCUAUGGAUAUCCACGUGCGUGGGUGUUUGCGUUGAGCUUGCUUGGAUUGAUACCUUUGGCUGAACGUAUCAGUUUUCUCACAGAGCAAAUUGCUUUCCAUACUGGUCCAACAGUCGGGGGAUUAAUGAACGCGACAUGUGGGAAUGCGACGGAGAUGAUAAUAGCGAUUCUUGCGGUUGGACAGAGGAAGAUGAGGAUUGUAAAACUCUCACUUCUUGGCUCUAUCCUCUCCAAUCUUCUCUUGGUCUUGGGCACUUCUCUCUUCUUUGGUGGUCUCUCCAAUCUCCGCAAACACCAAUCUUUUGACCGAAGACAAGGAGAAAUGAACUGCAUCUUGCUUUUUCUGGCGCUAUUAUGUCAUACACUACCAAUGAUGUUAAGAUUCGCAACAGAGGCUGCUGGAGGAACAGCAACAAAUGCUACUAAUGUUUUAGUAGUUCAUCCAACAAGAAGCGAAGAUGGAUCAGAUGUUCUUGUCUUGUCAAGAGCAAGCAGCUUUCUGAUGCUCUUUGCUUACUUGGCUUUCCUCAUCUUUCACCUCUUCUCUUCUCGUAUCACUCCACCUCCUCCUCCUCAGAGGGAAGAAGAAGAAGAUGAUGUUUACGACGAUAACGUGAGUGACAAGGAAGAAGAAGAAGCCGUGAUUGGAAUGUGGAGUGCGAUUCUCUGGCUUAUUACAAUGACCCUACUCGUUGCUUUGCUCUCCGACUACCUUGUUUCCACCAUUCAGGACGCAGCAGACUCGUGGGGAUUAUCGGUGGCAUUCAUAGGAAUAAUAUUGUUACCAAUUGUUGGUAAUGCAGCUGAGCAUGCUGGUGCUGUCAUCUUUGCCUUCCGUAACAAACUCGAUAUAACUCUGGGAAUUGCGCUUGGGUCUGCAACACAGAUUGCUUUGUUCGUGGUACCAGUGACCGUGUUAGUGGCAUGGGCAAUGGGAAUAGAAAUGGACCUUAACUUCAACCUCCUUGAGACCGCUUGUCUUGCCUUGUCCAUCCUCGUCACUUCUUUCACAUUGCAGGAUGGGACUUCGAACUAUAUGAAAGGCUUGGUUCUUCUUUUGUGUUAUAUUGUCAUUGCUGUCUGCUUCUUUGUCUGUAAUUCACCUUCAGUUGCAGCCGAAACCAUUACAACUUAUCAUACAUUGACAGAAAGGUUUGUUAUGUUUACUAAUAAAUCAUGUAAUACCCUAGGCGCUUAAGAUCGAAGUUCGAGGGUGUAAAUGAGUGCACUACUUGGUUCUUGUUGUCCCCCUAUACACAAUAUAUAUAUAGUCAACAGAAAAAUGAACAAAAUACCAAUCAACCUAAAGAAUCUACGUCCAAUUGUUGAUAAAUGUUAAGUUUCAAGAGAAAAUCCUUGUGAUCUAAGAAAAGUAAGACUUUACUAAAUAAACCGUUUUUCAGAAUAGAUUAUAUAUAUAUAUAUAUAUAUAUUGAUAU